AUGAAACCUCAGCGAGAGAUUCUACCCGCAGGCCCAACAGCAGCCAGCAGCGCCUCAUCAGAACGGGAGUCGACCCCGCAAUCCGCCACCGGAACCGCCUCGAAUGCGCCUAGACGCCGUCCCCAGACAAAGAUUGCUUGCACUUCGUGUCGUCGGAGGAAAUCAAAGUGCGAUGGCCAGCGUCCCGUGUGCUCCUUGUGCGCCGGCAUGGGCCGUACUAGGUGUGAGUACGAUGCCGGCCCAGACGUCACUCGGUUUGCCGCCCUCAAAACCAAGCACGAGGAACUGCAGCGUCGCGUCACCCUAUUUGAAGAACUCUUCCGCCUGCUGUCGAUGCGCUCUGAGGGCGAAUCUGUCGAAAUCAUCCGCCGCAUGCGCACCGCCAAUAUUGAAACGGAUCUUGAAGACCUCGUCAAGUUCAUCAAGAACGCCGACUUGUUGAUGCAACUGUCCUCCGCCCAGUCGGACCAGACGCCUUCUGCCUCAGGGGAAUCAAGUGUCGACACGCACCUCCCACCCAUGCCCCUGGACGACAUAUCGUCUCUUCUUGAGCUUUUAAAAUCGGCCGUUUCUAAACUCGACGCCUCGGCCCGGACUGUUUUACUGGACACGAUUAGACAUCACAUAGAUGUCUUCACCUCACACGAAGGCGGUCGACCAGGCUCCGCGGAAACAGUGAAGCUUGAAGGCAUGCCGGACGGGGAGGCACACACAGAGAUGGACGGCGGACGGCCCCAAGAGCCGGGGGCUUUUCUCAAGCGGCUACUUAAUGAUGACAUGACGAGACCGAACUGA